GUAGAGGGGAGGGAUCUAAGAAGGGAAAGCGUUCCUGGGGCCGGGGGACCCAGCCGCGCCAGAGCCAGGUAAAGGCUCCUUCCUUCUCCCUUUUCUUCCUCCUGGAUUCCAGAAGGGAGCCGGGAACUGGGACAGGAAGGAGAGAGCGGCAACCGAUGCACGGUCGGCUUUGCCGCCAUCCCUUUGCCCCGCAGCUGACUGUCCAGCCUUCGGGAGAUCCUUCCCAGAUGCCUUGUGCAUAGUCCUUUGCCCUCCGCCCUCUCCUAGACUGCCUCCACUGCGGCUCCGAAAGCCCCUCCCAACAUCUGCCGGCACCUGACCACCGCCCAGCCAGCAGAGCAGUUCCUUCCCCUUCCCGGGAGGCAGAGCUGAUUAAUUACCCAUUGCCUCUAGAGCCCGGCAGGCGGCUCCGUCAGUCAGUCCGCGCUUGGUGAGCGUACAGGGCUGCGUGCCUCGUGCCUCGCUCUCCCCAGCCAGCUCCUGGGAAAUGCGUGCAGUCUGAAGCCACUUCCCUUCUUCUGUCCUGCCCUCUUAACUUGCCCGCACUCAGCCCCCCUUGUGUGGCCCACCCUUCCGAGAUCGAGCAAUCCUUGCCCCAGCAGCGCGCCCCCUCUCACUCUCUCUGCCUGGUUCCUCUACCCUUCCCCCCUCACCCGGCCCAACUGGAGGAGCCCACCUCGCUCCCCCUCCAUCUAUUUCCCCCACCCCCCUCUUCCUGCCUCCUAGAGCCACGCCGUCCCUCCUUCCUCCUGGCUUUCCUCCUCCCCUCCUCCCUUCCUCCCGCUGUCCUUUCCUUCAAUCGCGGGAAGGGGGAGACACAGGCGGGCUCUUCUUGCACAGCAGAGAGAGCUAGCAGGAGGGAAGGAAGGAGAGGGGCUCAGCAGUCUGGGAGUCUGCCUGCCUGCACGCCCGGCAGUCUGUGAUGCGCCCCGGCUUGAGCUGGAGCCGGCUCACGUUUCCCCGAGCCUUCUUUCUCUCUGGCGCCUUUUGGGGACAAGUGAACCGAAGAAAACGACUUCCGAUCCUGCAUUGCUGCCGCUCCCAUUUGGGAUUUGAUUUGCAUCAUCUCAGGAGCCCGUAAAACAAAACACAACAAGAAGCCACCAUCCGACCAGCGCUCCCCCCAUACAUACACACAUACAGACAGACACACACACAGACACACGCCCAGAUACACACCCACACCCUAGCACUGACACUGACACUGUCAGGCGCACACAGCCCCACACCCCCACACCAUGUUGUUGUGCGGAAGGACUUCCACUCCCUGCCUGUGUCGUUGAUGUCAGUCCCCAGGACAGCCUCCCGGCGCUGCGGCUCCCCUGGCUGAUGCUGAUGCUGAUGCGGCUCCGGCUCCGGACUCAACACUAGGAAACAGAAGCUUCUGCUCCGCCCCGGCCCCCACCAUCCCCAACAUCUGCAUGUUCCCGCCGAGCUGGCCGCUCGCUGCCUCCCCAGCCGGCAGCCUUCCUACGGACUGAGGCUCCGCGGAGCGCUGGAUUCUGCCGGGAGACCCAUCGACCCUCCGAGGAGGAAAUCUUGGGGAUUUUAAUUUGAGUGGUCCGAUUUUUUUCCGGGUGGAUCCGUCUCUUGGGGAGCUAAUUCAAGAAGGAAACAUGACGUCUCCAGCUAAAUUCAAAAAGGAUAAGGAGAUCAUAGCCGAAUACGAUACUCAGGUCAAAGAGAUCCGUGCCCAACUCACGGAGCAGAUGAAAUGCUUAGACCAGCAGUGCGAGCUCCGCGUGCAGCUGCUGCAGGAUCUUCAGGACUUCUUCCGAAAGAAGGCCGAAAUCGAGAUGGACUACUCGCGCAACCUGGAGAAGCUGGCCGAGCGCUUCCUGGCCAAGACCCGCAGCACCAAGGACCAGCAGUUCAAGAAGGACCAGAACGUUCUGUCACCUGUUAACUGUUGGAACCUCCUCUUGAACCAAGUGAAACGCGAGAGCCGAGAUCACACCACCCUGAGUGACAUCUACCUGAAUAACAUCAUCCCUCGCUUUGUCCAAGUCAGCGAAGAUUCUGGAAGGCUCUUUAAGAAGAGCAAAGAAGUCGGCCAGCAGCUCCAGGAUGAUUUGAUGAAGGUCCUAAACGAGCUCUAUUCGGUAAUGAAGACGUAUCACAUGUACAAUGCUGACAGCAUCAGUGCCCAGAGCAAACUGAAGGAGGCCGAGAAGCAGGAGGAGAAGCAGAUCGGCAAGUCAGUGAAGCAGGAGGACCGGCAGACGCCCCGAUCGCCGGACUCUACCUCCAACGUGCGCAUCGAGGAGAAGCACGUCCGCAGGAGCUCAGUGAAGAAGAUUGAGAAGAUGAAGGAGAAGCGCCAAGCCAAGUACACGGAGAAUAAGCUGAAGGCCAUUAAAGCACGCAACGAGUACUUGCUGGCUCUGGAGGCGACCAACGCGUCUGUGUUCAAGUACUAUAUCCACGACCUCUCCGACCUCAUCGAUCAGUGCUGUGACCUGGGCUACCACGCCAGCCUGAACCGGGCCCUGCGCACCUUCCUGUCGGCCGAGCUCAACCUGGAGCAGUCCAAACACGAGGGCCUGGACGCCAUCGAGAACGCCGUGGAGAACCUGGACGCCACCAGCGACAAGCAGCGCCUGAUGGAGAUGUACAACAACGUCUUCUGCCCGCCCAUGAAGUUUGAGUUCCAGCCCCACAUGGGGGACAUGGCCUCCCAGCUCUGUGCCCAGCAGCCGGUGCAGAGCGAGCUGGUGCAGAGGUGCCAGCAGCUGCAGUCCCGCUUGUCCACCCUGAAGAUCGAGAACGAGGAGGUGAAGAAGACGAUGGAAGCCACCCUGCAGACCAUCCAAGACAUCGUGACCAUCGAGGACUUUGACGUGUCCGACUGCUUCCAGUACAGCAACUCUAUGGAGUCCGUCAAAUCCACCGUCUCCGAGACCUUCAUGAGCAAGCCCAGCAUUGCCAAGAGGAGGGCCAACCAGCAGGAGACGGAGCAGUUCUACUUCACGAAAAUGAAGGAGUAUUUGGAGGGCAGGAACCUCAUCACCAAGCUCCAGGCCAAGCAUGACCUUCUCCAGAAAACCCUGGGAGAAAGUCAGCGGACGGACUGCUCUCUGGCCAGCCGCCGAAGCUCCACCAUAAGGAAACAGGACUCUGGCCAGGCCAUCCCUCUCGUGGUGGAGAGCUGCAUUCGUUUCAUCAGCAGACACGGGCUGCAACAUGAAGGCAUUUUCCGGGUGUCUGGAUCCCAAGUGGAGGUGAAUGACAUCAAGAACGCCUUUGAGAGAGGAGAGGACCCGCUGGCCGGAGACCAGAACGACCACGACAUGGAUUCCAUAGCAGGCGUCCUGAAGCUUUAUUUCCGAGGCCUGGAACACCCUCUCUUCCCCAAGGACAUCUUCCAUGACCUGAUGGCCUGCGUCACUAUGGAUAACCUUCAGGAAAGAGCUCUGCAUAUCCGGAAAGUCCUCCUUGUCCUGCCCCAAACAACGCUGGUCAUCAUGAGAUACCUCUUCGCCUUCCUCAACCAUUUAUCACAGUUCAGUGAAGAGAACAUGAUGGAUCCCUACAACCUCGCCAUCUGCUUCGGGCCUACGCUGAUGUCGGUGCCCGAGGGCCAUGACCAGGUCUCCUGCCAGGCCCAUGUGAAUGAGCUGAUCAAAACCAUCAUCAUCCAGCACGAGAAUAUCUUCCCCAGCCCCAGGGAGCUCGAGGGCCCCGUCUACAGCAGAGGAGGAAGCAUGGAGGAUUACUGUGAAAGUCCCCAUGGAGAGACUACCUCAGCUGAAGACUCUGCCCAGGACAUAACUGUGGACCACCACACCAGUGAUGACGAGUGUGAGCCCAUUGAGGCCAUCGCCAAGUUUGACUAUAUUGGCCGGACAGCCCGAGAGCUGUCCUUCAAGAAGGGGGCCUCCUUGCUGCUGUACCAUCGGGCCUCUGAUGACUGGUGGGAGGGCCGACACAAUGGCAUUGAUGGACUCAUCCCUCAUCAGUACAUCGUGGUCCAAGACACCGAGGAUGGUGUCGUGGAGAGGUCAAGCCCCAAGUCUGAGAUUGAGGUCAUUUCUGAGCCACCUGAAGAAAAGGUGACAGCCAGAGCCGGGGCCAGCUGUCCCAGUGGGGGUCAUGUAGCCGAUAUUUAUCUUGCAAACAUCAACAAGCAGAGGAAGCGGCCAGAAUCUGGGAACAUCAGGAAAGCCUUCCGGCAGAGUGACGGCCAUGGGCUGAGCAGUCCCCUGCUGGACUCCUCCCCAGGAGCCGGGGGGGCCAGCUGCCGCCCCUCCUCCCAGCCCGUCAUCACCCAGAGUCUCCCCAAGGAGGGGCCUGAUAAAUGUUCUGCCAGCGGGCACGGGGGUCUCAAUUCCAUCAGCCGACACUCGUCUCUGAAGAAUCGGCUGGACAGUCCUCAGAUCCGGAAGACGGUGACGGCCGGGAGAUCCAAGAGCUUCAACAACCACCGGCCCAUGGACCCUGAGGUCAUUGCCCAGGAUAUUGAGGCAACCAUGAACUCUGCCCUGAAUGAACUGCGAGAGCUCGAGCGGCAAAGCAAUGUCAAGCACACCCCUGACGUGGUCCUGGACACCCUGGAGCCUCUAAAGACCUCCCCGGUGGUAGCACCUACUUCAGAACCCUCUAGUCCCCUGCACACCCAGCUCCUCAAGGACCCUGAGCCUGCUUUCCAGCGGAGCGCCAGUACCGCCGGGGACAUCCCGUGCGCUUUCCGGCCGGUCAAGUCAGUCAAGAUGGCCGCCCCGGUCAAGCCACCGGCCACGCGACCCAAGCCAGUGGUCUUCCCCAAAACCAAUGCUACCAGUCCUGGCGUCAACUCUUCAGCCUCCUCACAGCCCACUGACAAGUCUUGUACAGUCUGAUGGACCCCAUUUGAUUGUUCCAGACCAGGGGACAUGAGGAACCAGAGACUGCUAUUAAAAUCGUCCUAUUUAACUAGCUUGGGGACUUCAGCUGAAAAUUAGAUCCUAAGUUAUUCCUGCAGGAAUAGCCUUCCCAGCAGCCCAAACCCUUGAGAAUGAAGCUCUCCCUGUCUCCCUCCCUGCCCACCCCUCACCUGCGCCCUGUCCCCCUCCCUCCGCUUCCCUUGGCCAGUCAUAAUCCAGCCAGCUACAGUAUAUACCAGUCUUAGGCAAUAGCCAGAAAUAGAUCUUUCCAUUAUCAGGUCACUGUGAAAUCUGGCAAGGCAAAUAGCAAAGAUAUGGCUUACGUCCGUCUUCCUCAAGACACCGAGGAUGCCUUGCUGCUGUGGCUGGCCGCUGAUGCCCCCACCUCUCAGCGGCCCCACGUUUGGGUACUGGUUAUAAGGAAUUAUAUAGUCUCUGCUUCAUCACACACACACACACACACACACACACACACACACACACACACACACGCCAACAGUUGUAGGUUACCAUAGUCUCUGGCAUGUUUAGACACUCCUGGUUCUGUGGCCCGUGGCGGUGUGUCUCUUUGUAAGUUAUUGUGGCAGUUCACACAGUGACCACCAGGGUCUGUUUGUUUCCGUUACAAACCCUCUUUUGUCUGGGACAGGAGAACUCAGCCAUAGAAAUCUCUCAUGAAUGAAACGUAUCAGGAUGGGACUCCCAGAGGCUGGGGGAUUUCUCUCGUAGGCCUCUGCUUACUGGUGUGGUUUGGUUGCUUGGUGUUUACAUUGGUCCCCCUCAUCCUCCAUAACCUCAGCCAAACUCUGUUUAGUAACUCUCCCUUGUAAAAUGUCCCUGAACGAUCCUUUGGUGUUAGGUAGGAGAAGGGCCAUCCUUGUUCCGUUUUCCACCCGGGAAGGAAUCCCACUGAAGAUGCUCUUAGAACCUGGACCCUGUGAUUGAAAAUGGUUUUCAGAGUGUUAUCGUCUUCAGGGCAGGUUUGAAACCCUUAGCGAAUGGGUGGUGGCGCUUCUCUUGCUCCUUCUGGGCACUUAACAGGCAAAGACUUCUUAUCCUGAAAUCAAUCAUGGAUGGAGUUCUUGGGUUCCAAGGUCCCCAGAGAAACGUUCCCGUAGGACCAGCCCCAGAAGUAAGGUGACACAGAUCCUGCUUGUAAGUAAGCAGCUGCUGGCUGUCCUUCAGCCUCUAUCUCCGGGCUUGCUUCUUCCCUGGGGCCUCUCACUGGAAAGAGAUGGGGGGCCCGGCGAGACUCGGUCAGAUUGCCGAGAGCCACUCCUUGCCAAAACCGUUGACAGUUAUCUAGGUACAGGGACACCUGCCUCAAUUGUAUUUUGAUUCCACAAACCAAAAAGCCUCCCUGAGACUGAAAUCUGAAGAUACCAUCAGUGGCUGAACCUGUGAAGAAGGGAUGGGCUGAUGGGCUAACAGCUUCCUUCCUGUCGAUGCUCUCCGGUCCUUCUCCCUUUGCCCACAUAAAAGAUGAUUCCCCCUCUGCUCUGAACCAGCCUCCCAAAUCUCCCCUGACGUCACGCUCUGCCAGCAACACUAGGAUGAAAGGCCGAGCCACCCAACAGCUCCCGGGGCUCAUACACACACUGAGCGAAGGCUGAAUGAAACCCGCGUGUCUUAGGACCACAGGAGCCGCGUUUCCUGGCUUGGAAUCCUAUUCCUUACCUGUUAGCGUCUCUGCGAUUUAAAUAAAAGAGAUGUAUGGUGGUUGUCCUUUGGGAGAGAAGCCUGCAUUUUCCCAUCUUUGGCCCAAAAUGCCCAUCCUGAAUCACUUUUUUUUCUAAUGGUUUGGAGUCGGAUCUACCAGAGUUAACAUUCCUUUAUCCUGCAUGAAGAAAGCAGCUUUGGAACAUGGAGGAGAAAGGCCCCGGGAUGUGGGAGGCCCAGUGGAUUCCUUCAGCGCCAUGACCAAACCUAGAUGAGGGCCCUCAGAUCCAUCAGCUUUGUGGGGCAGCCAGCCGCUCCGUUUGGUAGCUCCCGACAGGGAUGAAGCUUGUUGGGAGGCCUGAGCCUCUGGUGUAUGCGUCUCCCCAGGAGCCUUUUCUCCUGGGGAAAAGAGAGCCUCAUCCUUCACUCUACAUUCCUUAGGUGGCAGCUUGGAGAACCUGUGGGCCCAAGGGAUCUCAGUUGGAACCCACCUCGUCCAUCGUCCUGCCCCCAGGAAAGGGGGGAGGCAUUUUCUCGAAGCAAAGUCUUUGCAUCCGUUCUGUCACUUCUUGCCUUCUUUCCCUUUUGGUCAUCUCCAUCCCCUCCAUUCCCCGUCCUACCCAGCCAACAUCCAUCUGCCGCCUGGCACCACGAGCUGAGCAAUGGGUGAACGGGAAGCCACCGGCGCAAGUCCUCGUCAGCCCUCCCCAGCCCAGGGGUGGGAGGGGGAGUCAUCUUCCCCAUCUGCGGGGCUCGAGAACCAGCGGGGAGGGGGAGGGCCUCGGCAGGGCACGAUGCAGUCAACUGGAAUGGAAGUGGCACGCUGUGAUUUUUACACCAGAAAGCCAGCAGACCUUGCGCAGAGAGCCCUCUGCGGGACCCACGUGACAGAAGCCCCCCUUCCACGCCUGUGAGCUGUGAACUGUGGCAGGGAAUCGGGGGGCCGCACCCUACCCAGGAGCGAAGAGAACCCUGACGGACACCCAACAGCUUCUCUGGGGAGCCGGGGCUCCCCCUUCCCAGAUGAUGCCAGCAAAGGGAUGAACAGACCGCUUGGGAAGGGCUGGUAUAGAUGUACUUCCUAUUCAGAAGAGAUAUUAGAUCUUCCAGGGAAAUGCAAUGUUGUGGCGUAUGACUUGUAUGUAACGUUUGUGUAAAAUGGUAUAUUCUUUAAAACAAUUGUGUUGAUAACUGGAAUAAUGUAUGUAUGUAUGCUUGGAAAUGCUUUGUAUGAACAUAAGGCUGUCACUCAACAAAGGUUGGAUUGGGGAGAAUCCAAAGCACAACUUCAAAAUAAAAUACGUUUUUAGGUUCUAAA